AUGAGAGCAGAGCAGUGCAGUCAUCCCAGCAGCAGCAGCAGCAGCAGCAGCAUCAGUGUGUGUGAGUGUUUGUGUAUAGUAGCCCUAAACGGGGGGAUUCUGGACACCCUCUCCUCUGAAUAGGACCCUCUGCAGGCAGGCAGGCCGUGCGUUUGGACCACUCUCAAUGUUCUUUUUACCAAAUGGAAGCAGAGGUGUUGAGCCCCCAGAUGAUGGCAGACGUCAAUGGCAACAAUAAAAUCACCAACGCGGAGCUGGAGGUGUUAAAGCUGCAGGAAUUGGUCCGAAAAUUGGAGAAGCAAAACGAACAAUUGCGGACCAGAGCGAACGCUGUAAACAAUUGCUCCGUGGGCCCUCAUGUCCAGACCUCGUUGUCGUGUCUGCACGGUGGUACGGCCUGUCCCACUGACAAUUUCUCCCACAAUUUUGGGAUUUCGAGUCCGACUCAGACGCAUCCGUGCACCCCCGGAUCCAGAGGUCCACCGGAGGAGCCGUUCGCUUAUUUCCAGCCGAGCUCCGCGUCUCCUGCCGGGGCUGAGGAGGACAGCGGUCCCGAUGGACCCGCCACGGUCCUGGACGAGGUGGAUGUUCUGGACCUGGACACCGUGCUCCCGGUCGGAGAGCCUGAUAGCUGGCUGUAUGUGAGUCCUAAAGCCAGGCUGCAUGGCGAGAGUCUCCUCAGUCCUCUCCAGUGGUGCAGGCAGGUACUGGACCACCCCGGACCUGAAGUAGAGCUGGCCAGGAUGACUCUCUGUCACAGACUGGACCAAGCUAAACGAUGGCGAGGAGUGUCCUCUGUCCGUCCAUACAGCUGCAUAGAGGGUUUGUCUACACUCAGCUGCUCCAUCCUGCCUUACUCUAAACCUGCUGCAUUAACUGAGUCCACAGCUCCGUCGCCAUCAUCUGGUCAGUCUUUUCUUCAGCCGAGCCUCCCACUCAGGGCUAGCUGUAGCCUAAGUGACAGAGCACCCACCUUCCUAUCAAACUCCACUCUCCACAAUGUGGGUCGGCGACAAGCAGCAAUAAGCCCUCAGUCUUCCCUUGACAGCGAGGUGGGUGCGUCAGAGCUGGAGGAUGACUCCAUUUCUAUGGGAUAUAAACUGCAGGACAUGACAGAUGUGGAGGUCAUGGCACGACUUCAGGAGGAGAGUCUCCGACAGGACUUCGCCUCUACCUCAGCCUCAGCCACAGCCAGUCGUCGUAGCUCCAGCUUCUCCUUACAUUCCCUCAGGCGUAGUGAGAUGGAUCUAGAGGAGGAGGAUGAAGAAGACGAGGGGUACGACCAGCUCCCUCCUCCCCAGCCUCGGCUAUUCCGCACAGGGUCUAUGCAGCGGGCCGGUCUGCCCCACUCUCACACCUUCGCCAGUAUAAGAGACUGUAGACGCACCUCAGCCGCUCCUCAGUAUUCACUCAGUGGACUCUCUCAGUACUCUGGACCCACAAGCCUGACCAGUGAAACACAGUCAGCGUACAGAAAUAGCACAGACAGACUACGAAGAAGCAUGCCCAACCUGAUCCGAGCUCCCAGCAUGCCUAGUGUUCCCAGUAUCCCAUGCCUGACAUCCCCUGUUAACCCCUCACACGGCCCCUCCUCUUUGCCUCCGAUGCCCUCACUCCGGAACAGCCAGAGCUUUGACUCAUCCAAUGGGCUCGCAAGACUCCAGUCCUCCAUUCCUUCCCCAGGCCAGCUUAGUCAGCGGGUCCAGAGUGUGGGGAAUUUCCCCACCACAUCCCGGCACCCACUAAAAGCCACUGCGUACGUAAGCCCCACUGUCCAGCAAGGCCCAACCUCCACCGCCCUAUCUAUGUCCACCAGUCUACAGUCCAUCCCCAGUAGUGCUGCACUGCCUCAGCCCCUCAAACCCAGCAGCAGCAGCAGCAGUUUGGUUCCACAGCCGCUAAAAGCCAGUGCUAACCAGCAGGUGGCACCUCGCAGCUCUCUGCCUCGCCCAGCAUCCUUUGUAGGAACAAGUGGAGCUCCACGUGCAAGCAAGAUUACACAACCCACACGCAGUUUACUGACUCCCCCAAAGAGCCUGGCUGCCCUGAGUGCCCUGAGGGAUGGCAGCUGGAAGGACGGCUGCUACUGAACCCAAAAAGACUGAUGAUAAAGAGUUGCACAGGGUAACACUGUAUGGGACCCCUCGUGUUUAAAACUUCACCAUCAGGAGGGCCCAGUCUUGGGCUACAACCCAAGAGAGUGAGACUGUUAUCAUUUUUAAAAAGCAUUUGUCUUCAGUGAAGGACAAAGUAGAGAACAGUACAGGGUCCAGCAGGCUGGACCUCUAGCUUACUACCUGCUGAAACAGGCUGAAAUAAACUAUGAAACAACCCGGCAAUAUUCUGAUAAUCAGUUGCUAAAUAUGUCUGGAUCCUUUUUGAUAUGUGUGUUCUGUUUUGUCUUUGUGGAUAGUUAAGGCUUUCACUUAAAAGGGUCAUCAUUUCUCUGCAACUGAAGUCUUAGAACUAUUAUAGCCCACGCUUUUGUAUAAGUACAUGCUUUGAAUUUCAUAUGAUGAAUUUUGCAGGUAUUAAUUUUGUCAGAUUGUGGUUUCACAUAUGAAGAAAAACCUGAAAUUGGGAUUUUGUUACAUCCUGUGCCUGUUAAGAAGUAGUGUGAUUCAUGUGGGUUCAUAUUUCUUGGACAUUUGUCGCAGCACUUUUUUUGAUCAGAGUCACGAUUAACACCUUUAAAUUAAUUGUGUUUCUUAAGUGAAGUAUGACAUUCAAUAAUGUAAGUGUACAUAUGUUAUCUUUUGGCUAGUUCAUUUUAAUUCUUGUUUACAUGACAGCUGACAUUUUUAAUGUUGUUCGAUGAACAUAAUUGCUGCAGUGAUAUUGCACAUAAAGCCCUGAUGCUUUUUACGGGAGUUGAAAAUUUAAAGAGGAAGGUAAUUUUUAAAGUGAAUAAAAAGCAUUUCAAAUUA